AGCAAAGUUGAAUUAAGUUGUAAGCCUAUGGGCAUGUACUCUAUAGAAUUUGAGUUAGCAUAGCGUGCAUUCCAUUUCAUUCAGUGUCCUGCAGCGACGAGAAAGUUUUAUAGACAGGUGAAAUUUAAGCUGCAGCUAUGCCGAUUUCAGUCGUGUCGACCUCGAUUUGGGUGUUCUGGCCUACAUGCAUUUGGGCAGAACAAAACGCCGUGCCGCUGUCACAGGUUUCCCAAUCGCCUGACUCAAACCGAUUUGUCCAAUUAUAUAGCCCUUGUGGCAUAAACCGCUAAAUGGCAAAUAUGCCCGAUUUGCACUUGAGAUAAAACUGCUUUGGGGUUCUAUGAGUUAAUAUAUAUGUACAAAGAGAUGAUAGGGCUGAUUUAAAGCCAGGAGCGAAGCCAGUAUACGCGGGACCGGAAAUGAGGCAUAGAUUUACAUUUCCUAUCGAAUACAGAAACGACUAUUUACCUGUUUUGCUGGAAAAGAUACAAGUUAUAACUCAUAAUCGCCCCGUGCCGCUCCUGUAUAGUUUGGUAGCCAUUACUGACAUUCACGGUAGUCCAACAGAAACUCCAAUUGUGUCUUGUUGAUGAAUGUGAGCCGUUUAGUGCAUCGGGCGCCACGCCUGAGUGGGCCCACACCUAAAGGGCGUUGCGUCCUUCAACUUGUCAGUCGCCCGCUGGCAUUCGUUCAACGAAUAUGGACAACCAGGCAUCGGAGCUCAUACUCAAGGAGCGGGUCACUAUUGGAACCCUGGUACCAAACAAUGGGACUGAAGGCGACAACGUGCAGUUGCUCAACAACACAUUCGUCUUGGAGCUGCUGUUCGAGAUCACCCAAUUGUACCACUUCAAGAACUUUAUUUUCUACAUUUCGGAGAGACUGGAUCUCAAGAACAAGAACUCCCAGGACUUCUUUUACGACUUCUGGACGACCUUUCCCCUAGCACCGAAUUUGAUCAUAACCCGUGAACACAAUGCAGUCAUACCGAUGGUGCAGUUUAUCAGCACUCCCUCACUGGUCAUGGUCUAUACAACGGAACGGGACGAUCCCAUUAUGGAACUGGCAGCGCAAAGCCUGCGGGGAGUACGCUGGCUCAAGACCAUCUUCAUACUGUAUCCCAAAAUGGAAACCCGUGACUUCGAGGAGAGCUUCGACGCCUUUACACUGUUCUCAAACGAGGUCAAAGGUCUCUACGACUGGAUGUGGAGCAAGCAGUUUAUCAACACAGUGCUGAUUACCAUCAAGAAUAAUGUGUUCUUGCUGGAUCCCUACCCCACACCGUCAGUGGUAAACAAGACAGACUCGUGGCGAGCCGAAGACUUUUUCAAGAAACAUAGCAAGAAUAUGAAGGGCUAUGUGGUCAGGACCCCCAUCCUCUACGACCUCCCACGUGCCUUCAAGUCCGACCGUCCCACCAAUAGCUACGAGAAUAACUUUGUUCACGGUACAAGCGGCAACUUGUUUCUGGGAUUCCUCGAGUUUGUGAACGCCACGAUACUGGACACCAGCACAAACGUGUCCACGAACUAUCUGAACCUAACGAAUCUCCUAGAUCUGGUGGCUCAGGGCGUAUACGAGACGCUAAUACACUCAUUCACCGAAAUGCUAGGAAGGUACGUGGUCAGCUACAGCUACCCCAUUGGCAUCAACGACUGCUGCCUCAUGGUGCCUUUCCUCAAUCAGUCCCCAACGGAACAGUACAUGCGAGAGGCUCUUCAGGACAACGUUUGGCUUUCGAUAAUUCUGUUCGUCUUCUAUAUAGCCCUGGCCAUCUGGUGGUGCUCGCCCCUGCGGCCGCGCGACUUCAGUGCCGCUCUCCUCCAGUCCAUCUGCACCCUGACCUACAUGGCGCCGACCUACAUCAUCAAGACCCCGACGCUGCGGAUGCGAUACUUGUAUCUUCUGCUCGCCAUCAUGGGAAUAGUCACGUCCAACAUGUACAUCUCGAGGAUGACCAGCUACUUCACCACAGCUCCGCCGCAAAGGCAAAUAGGCACUGUUCAGGACAUAGUCGAGGCGAAUCUGAGGAUCCUGAUGAUGGGUGUCGAGCACGAUCGCAUCGCCAAAUCGCCCCAGCAGUAUCCGCCCAGCUUCUUGCAGCAGGUUGACGUAGUGGAUAAGCAGGCCUUAGACACCCACAGGGAGCCUUUCAACACGAGCUUCGGCUACACGGUGACCAGCGAUCGCUGGCAGUUCCUGGACAUGCAGCAGCUGCACUUGCGGAAGCCCAUCUUCCGCCUCACGGACAUCUGCGAGGGUCCCUACUACCAUGUCUACCCCAUGCACCGCGACUCCCACCUGCGCUCGCCGAUGAAGGAGUUCAUUAUGGUGGCCCAGCAGGCGGGUCUCAUGGACCACUGGCAGCGCGAGGCAUUUUGGGAAGCAGUGCACCUGAAUUUUAUCAAAGUUCACAUUUUCGAUGAGGAACCGAUCGCCUUGAGCCUGAGCUUCCUCUCGACCAUUCUGCGAACUUGGUGCCUGGGCCUGGUGCUGUCCGGACUCGUCUUUGCUGUGGAGAUGAAAUGGUACGAAUACGUGACCUUCAGGCGACGUGUUAGGUUUACCCCUAAGCCAAGAUCGUUUCUGAGAAGGUUUAUGAGAGGCUGAGGGUGUAUUGAG